AUGAAGUUCCUUGCGGAGAUGGAGGAUACUCUCUUGAAGAACUUGUUUCUAGGAUAUCAGAAGUGGGAGAGACCAGUGAGAAACCGCAAUGAUACAAUAAGAGUAAAAUUUGGACUUGAAAUCUCCCAGCUCGUUGAUGUGGAUGAGAAGAAUCAGCUGAUGGCAACAAAUGUUUGGUUAAAGCAGGAAUGGAAUGACUAUAAACUGAGCUGGAAUCCAGAUGAUUAUGGUGGCAUUAGCAUAGUCAGAGUUCCUUCUGAGUCCAUAUGGCUGCCCGACAUUGUCUUAUAUGAAAAGUAGGUGCUUUAUGUUUGUCCAUCUUCCA